AGGGCUCUUGGUUGGAUGAGCAGCGAUCUUGACGCCGAGAUCGCGACGCGCCUCUCCCAUCGAUCGCCGGAUUACGUCCACCUCCUGCGCCGCUGUGGCGAGGAGCGAGCGCUUUCACAGGGUAAGCGCGUCCACGGCCACAUUCGCAGCUUCUACCGCGGGAAGAGGGUCGCAUUCCUCGCGAAUCUCCUGCUGGAGAUGUAUGGCAAGUGUGGCAGCCUCAGCGACGCGCGCCAGGUAUUCGACGAUUCCCUCUUCCACCGCAAUCUCUUCUCCUGGGGCCUGAUGAUGAACGCGUAUGCCAAGAACGGGCAUUGCAAGGAGGUCGUGCGGCUCUACUGGGAGAUGUCCAACCAGGGAGUGAAGAUGGAGAACAGCGUCGUCUUCCUCCUUGUUCUUGGCGCAUGCUCCAAGCUGGGCAGCUUCAAACCGGGUAAGUCUCUCCAUUCUCACGUCCUAGAGAGUGGCUUCUUCUCGGAUUCCUUGCACAGCGCUCUCAUCACCAUGUAUGGCAGAUGUGGAAGCGCGGAGGAGGCACGCAGAGAAUUCGACAGGAUCGCCACGAAGAACGUCGUGACUUGGAGCGCCAUGCUUGGAGCAUAUGCCCGAAACGGGCAUAGCAGGCAGGCUGUGGAGAUCUACAGACGAAUGGUCCACGAGGAGAAGCUAGAGCCCAGCGAAGUGACGUACCUCGGCGUUGUGGAGGCCUGCGCGAGCUUGCGCAGCCUGGAUCUGGGACGAGAAAUCCACAGGAGCAUCGAAGCAGCCGGGAGACUUGAGAUUGGUGCCGCGCUGGGGAAUGCGCUCAUCGGGAUGUACAGCAAGUGUCGGAGCUGCGACGAUGCAUGGAGAGUUUUCGAGAGCAUGAAAAACAAGACGGUCUUCUCGUGGAACUGUAUGAUCUCGGCGUUCACGCAGCAGGGCCAGAACAGGAGAGCUCUCCAGCUCUACCAUCGAAUGGAACCCGAAGGUAUGAAACGCAACUUGGUCACUUUCCUCAGUGCUCUCACUGCCUGCUCGGCUCUCCAGGAUCUGGCACAAGGCAAAGCCAUCCACGCCCGAGUGGCUGACGCUGGAUACGAUGCCCAAGUUGUCGUGAGAAACGCGCUGGUACACAUGUACAGCAAGUGUGGAGAUCUAGACGCCGCCAGGGACGUCUUCGACAACACCGUCGAGAGAAGCGAGGUGUCGUGGAACUCGAUCAUGGCGGCGUACGCUCAGAACGGCCGUGCCGCGGAAGCUCUCGAGCUCUACCGGAAGAUGGACGUCCAGCCCGACUGCAUCACUUUCACCACCGCGCUGGAUGCUUGCUCGAGGCUGCGAGCUCUGGAUCAGGGCAGGGAGAUCCACCAGCGGCUCGUUUCCUCGGGGCUCAUGCCGGACGCUGCCACCGGGAACGCGCUGAUAACCAUGUAUGGGAGGUGCUGCUGCCUGGACGAGGCGAGAGCGGUGUUCGACGCAAUGGAAGCCAGGGACGUGGUCACCUGGACGGCGAUCAUCGCAGCCUACUCUCAGAGCGGCGACGCCAGACAAGCUCUGGAGAUCUACGCGAGGAUGAGAGCCGAGAGCAGCGUCAAGCCCAACGAGAUAACUCUCGUCGCCAUCGCCGACGCCUGCUGCGCAGCCAAGGAUCUCGUCCAGGGCAGGCUCGUUCACUCGAGAGCAAUCUCCUCCAAGUUCCAGAUCCAUGGCUCGCUGGGGAAUGCGCUGGUAAACAUGUACGCCAGCUGCGGCAGCCUGGUGGAAGCCCGGAAGCUCUUCGACGAGAUGCGCGACCACAGGGACGUGAUAUGCUGGUCCUCGAUGAUCGCGGCCUACGCUCGCCAUGGCCACGCCGCGGAAGCUCUCAACCUUUUGUCCGAGCUGUGCUUGGAAGGAGUGGAGCCGGAUCACAUAACUUUCAUCACGAUCUUGUUCGCGUGUAGCCAUGCCGGGCUGGUGGCCGAGGGGAGGUACGUGUUUGCUUUGAUGGUGGAGGAUUACUGUGGCUGCCCGGACGCGCAGCAUUACCAGUGCUUGGUGGAUGUUCUUGGCAGGGCCGGAUGGAUGCCGCUGGCGGAAGAGCUGGUCAAGAGCAUGCCGUUUGAGCCCGAGUGUGCUGCGUGGAUGACGCUGCUGGGAUCUUACAAUGUUUGUGGUGACUAUCAGCGAGGACGCCAGGCCGCGGAGCUUGGUCUUUGUUGAUGGUUGACAUCUAACGGCUGUCAAUAGUUCGUAGCCGUCAAGAUGGAGUAUAUCUAAUCUCAUGUCUCAUGACAAUCUCAAGAAGUGGACUUUAUUGAGCGGGUUGUUUAGGAGUCAUUGAUAUAUAAAACUUCUUGUGCUAGAA